AUUCAAAGAAGAAGAAUGAAAAAUAUUGAUAGUUAAAACACGAAAUCAUCAUCCCCUACGUUUGUUAAACUCUUGAAUUGUAUCGCACAUAAGAUAUGUUUAACGUGACGUAGUAAAAAAUAACGGUGAAGAAGUGAAGCGCAUCUAUAUGUACUUAAACUUUUUGAACAUAAGUUGAAGCGACGAGUCAGCGGCACGUGUCAAGUUAGCAUUAGCUUAAACAGUAAAAUUCGCGAGUCGUCGUCUUAUAAAUGCUGUACUCGUUGUCUUCCUUUCCCCAACCUUCACUUUCCUCUCAAAUCUCCAAUAAGUAAACUCUCUCAUCGAAAGCUUAAAAGCAUCAUCACCACAAGAAAGAAAAGAAAAGAGUAGAAUCGAACAUGAAGGGGGGUUUGCUUGUGGACGAUGAAUUUAUACACGGAGAAGAAAGGAGCCUGACUGUUCGGAAAACAUCUCUGUUUUUCGCCGGCGAUGGUUUCACAGUUUACGACUGCAAGGGAAGUUUGGUGUUUCGGGUUGACUCUUACGGUGGUCCCAACACCCGCGACACCGACGAGGUUGUCCUCAUGGACGCUCACGGCCGUUGUCUCCUCACCCUCCGACGAAAGAGGCCGAGUUUGCGACGGAGAUGGGAGGGGUAUCUCGGGGAGAGAUCGGACGGCCAGAAACCGAUCUUCGGGGUAAGGAGAUCUUCGAUAAUCGGGAGGAACAGUGUGACGGUGGAGGUGUACGGGGACUACCAGUGCAGCGAGUACCUGAUAGAAGGUAGUUUCGGGGCAAGGAACUGCACGGUGGUGGAGGCGGAGACGAGGCGGAAGGUGGCGGAGAUAAGGCGCAAAGUGGAUGCGUCAACGAACGUGAUGCUUGGGAAAGACGUUUUCUCGUUGAACGUGAAGCCCGGUUUUGAUGGAGCCUUUGCAAUGGGAUUGGUUCUUGUGCUUGAUCAAAUCUACGGCGACGAUCUCCUUGAGGUUGGUGAGGAACAGGUGCACCCUUCCGCAGAAGAUCUCUGAUUUGAUUUUUCACCCUUUUUUUGUUUUUGUUUUCUUCUUUUUUGGUGGGACGCAAACAAAAUCGAGUGGAAAAAUAAUAAUUAUUGUGAGUUUGUGUCGGUUUGAAAGGAAACGAUUUGGACAAAUUAUUUCUCGUCAUUCCCAUGGGCUGUUGUAAUCUGGUUUGAAUUUCUUACUCAGUUACAGCUGUUUGAUUUGAAAGAAAAAAAGGGUUUACGAAAGGAGUUUAGUUGUAGAUAAACAUUACUUUUGUGUCUAAUUCAUUUUGCUUUUGUUGGUGAGUUAGGCGAAAAGUUACAACUUGUAUAUUAGCUUGAACGAGUUGCAAAUUCAAAAAUAUCAAAGCGACCAAACCCUUAAAAGUGUUCCAUCUA